AUGGCUGAAUGCGAGCUGCUGCAGGGCAUUGCUGCGGAGGCCAUCCGCUGCUGCAUUGUAGAUGAUGGAGAGCUCUGCAGCGGUGCUGCUGCUGAGCUUAGCGGUUUGCUGCAGACUGUGGGGCCGCUGCUGCUGCGUCGUGUAGCAGCAGAAGCAGAUGUUGUAUUGCGCGAUACCUGCAUGCAUGCAGCAGGAGCAGCAGCAGGAGCAUCAGCAGCAUCGAGAGCAGCAAGGGAUGAAAGGCCUCUGCUGCGCCUGCUGGAGGUGCUGCUGCUGCUGCAGCAGCAGCUGCCCCGUGUGCUGCAGCAGCGUUUGUGCUCCUUUAUUGCGUUACAGGUAUGUCCUGUAGGUCCAGUAUACAGAAGGGCAUGCAGCAGCAGCAGUAACAGCAGCAGCAGCAGCAGCAGCAGCUUAUUCACCUCUUCUGCUGUUAGACCAUCUCCCUUUGUUGGUGGCUGCGCCUCCUUACGGAGAUCAGUCUCCUUAGGAGAAGAUGCAUUCUUCGCGGGCCCCACAGCAGCAGCAGCAGCAGCAGCAGCAACAGUGGGGGGCUUAAGGAAGCCGCUGCGAAGGACACCCGCAUCGCUGCAGCUGCCGAAGCAGCAGCAGCAGUACCUGCUGCUGCACCGACUUGAUGGGUCUAGCAGCAGCAGUUUAGACGGGCAGCAGCAAACGACUGCAGCAGCAGCAACAGUAACAAAUGAACUUAGGGAGACCGCAGCCCCCGCUGCAGCUCGUGCAGCAGCACCAACAGCAGCAGCAGCAGUAGCACCAGAACCGCAGCAGCAGCAGCAGCAGCAGCAGCAGCAGCAGCAGCAGCAGCGCGCUAACUUAGCACAGAGAUUUCAGCAGGCAGCCGAUGUCUUCCACCCCCGGCGCCUCGUUAGAAACUUGGGAUCACUGCAGCAGCUGCCGCAGCAGCAGCAGCUGCUGCUGCACCAACAGCAGCAGCAGCAGCAGCUCUUCUUGCUGCAGCAGCUCUCACCUGCAACAAACGCCCAUGGGCAUGUUACUCUACGGCGCAAACACUUCCUAUCAAGCUGGAUAGACACUGCAGCAGCAGCAGCAGCUGCUGCUGCUGUCAUAGCUCGCGCUGCCGCAGGAGCAGCGGCAGCAGAAGCGACAGCAACGGAAGCAAAUGUAGCAGCAAAGUGCAACAGAGGCAGCGUCAUGCAGCAGCAGCUGCUGCUGUUGCUGCAGUGGCUGCGGCGCCUCUCUAAUGUCUUCACAUGGAUAAGCCGUUCUGCUGCGGACACGAUGCAGCAGAAGCAGCAGCAGCAGCAGCAGCAGGAGGGCUGCACUGCAACAGGGAUUCUGCAACUUCAGCGAAAGAGGCUGCUGCCUGUGUGUUCAUUCCUUGCUGUUGCUGCAGCUGCUGUGGGGUGCUUGCGCAGCGGCUUCCUUGCUGCCUGCGUGGCAGUGCAGCAGCAGCAACAACAACAGGGGCAGCAGCAGCAGCACCAGCUAUUGCCAGAGCUGCUGCAGGUGUUGCAGGGACUUGCAGAGCAGCUAGGGGCAGAUGGCCGUCCUCGUGCGAUCUCCACUGUGCUGUUGUCGCAGCAGCUGCUGCAGCGGCAGGUGCAGCAGCGCAUGCAACCAGUGCUGCUGCUGCUGCUAUGUGAGCUGAGGGACGUCGCACUCUUCUCCUUAACAGAGGCAGCAGCAGCAGCAACAGCAAAGACUGGCCUGUCGCUGCCACCAGCAGUCUCCUUCCAUCCUGCAAACCCUAAGCCGGAGGAUUCAGUGCAGCAGCAGCAUCUGCAGCAGCUGCAGCAGCAGCUGCAGCUGCAGCCACAGACAGCAGGUGAAUUGCUGUGUAGCGCAAGGCAGCAGAAGCUGCAGCAGCUGCUGUUUGCUGUUGCUCUUGAGGAGACGUGCCUCUGUACAGCAGACAAUCGUAGCGAUGAGCCUUCAAGCCCCUCUUUGCUGCAGCCAGCAGGUGCUGCUGCAGGUGCUGCUGCAGCUGCAGCAGCAGCCGCUGCUGCUGCUGCAACUGCAGCAGCACGAUGCAACGCAGACACCUGGUGGAGCUGCAGCGUUAUAUCGCGUUGGCUGCUUCUGCUGCAGCUGCCUACGUGGGACGUAAAUGCCGCAGGUUCCGAAGAAGAUGCAGCAGCAGCUGCUGCAGCAGCAGCAGCUGCGGCUGCAGACACGCCGCAGCAGAUCCUCGACGUGUUCUCAAGAAAUAUACAGCAACUGCAGCAGGGACUGGUUCCUGUGCGACGGGCUCUGCCGAGGCUGCCGAGCCUGCCGCAGCAGCUGCUGCACCUGUCGCCACGGGUGCAGCAGCAGCUGCAAGUGCUGCAACUCUCGCAGCAGCAGCAACAGCAGCAACAGCAGCUCCUGCUGCACUGCAUAGGCCUGCUGCUGCGCCACCGCAUCCGCAGACUGGAGGCAGCAACAAUUUUUCUUUUCGCUGUGAACCAGCAGGAACAACAUGAGGAGAACCAGCAGCAGGAGCAGCACCAGCAGGAGCAACAGCAACAGGAGCAGCAACAGGAGCACCAACAGGAACAAGAACAGCAACAGCAACAGAGACAUCAGCUGCACAGGGAAGACAGCUUGCCUACUGGAAAGGGCUCCCUGAUGCUGCAGGGUGAAUCUCUGCUGCGGGAGUUUGCUGCUGAGUGCAGCAGCAGCAGCAGCAGCAGCGCUCACAUGUCUGCUGCUAUGGAUGACAUACAGCUAGGAGAUGUCUCUUCUCUUUUCCUGCAGCAGCAGGGAGCUCGCUGUAUGGCCCUGAUGCUGCAGCUGCUGCACUCCCGACAGCAACAGCAACAUCUGCUCCUGCUGGUGCAAGAGCAGCAGCAGCAGCAACAACAGCCGCAGCAGCAACUCUACAUCAACAAUUCAGCUUUCUUCAACACGUCUGCUGCUGCAGCAUUUUCUUCCGAGGUACGUUCUGCUGCUGCUGCAAAGGCGCGUGAACAGCAGCAGCAGCAGCAAUUGACAUCAGCAUCUCUGAGAGCAGCAGCAACAAUUGCAGCAGCAACAACAACAGGAACAGCAGCACCUUUGCUGCUGAUGAACCCGCUGCCGCUACCUGCGUUGUUCGUGCUGCUGGGCUCCGUGCUGCAGCAGCUAAUAUCAGCCUUCGCAACAACCACAGCAGCAGCAGCAGCGGGAACUCCCUCCCUGCGGCAUCGGCGGUCCAUUGAUGGGCAGUUCUCUGCUUCUGCUGCUGCUGCUGCUGUUGCUCCUGACUUCGUCCCUCAGACGCAACGGCAUGCGCAGCAGCGGAUUGCCCUGCGCGCAGCAGCAACAGCAGCAGCAGCAGUUGCUAGAGUCUUACAGGACUGCUCCUGUUCGUGCGGUGUUAGCAACAGCAACAGCAGCAGCAGCAGCAGCAGCAGCAAUCCAGCACCUAGGUAUUUGGGCAUUGCUGCAGAUUCGCUGCGAGUCGCAGCCGAAGAAGCAGCAGCAACACUAGCAAACUCAGCAGCAACUAAUGCAGCAGCAGCAGCAGAUGCACCAACAGCACAAGCCACACAGUUCUGCAUCUGGGAGAUGGCGGGCUGCGCGCUAGCUAGGGGCAUUGGUGCUUGCUUCUUGCUGCUGCUGCUGCAGCAGGAGCCGCAUGCAGUAUCCGAGUCCAGCAGCACCAGCAGCCACAAGCUGCAGCAGCUGAUGUCGCGAAGGCAACAGCAGCAGCAGCAGCAAAGGAUGGACACACCCUUCAGCGAAUCAAGAUCUUCUAUAUUGGGGGAUCUUGCUGCUGCUGCUGUGGGGACCCUUGUAACUGCAGCAGACAGGCGAGCAGCAGCAGCAGCAGUGGCAGCAGCAAGUGCAGCGAUUUGUUGCCGGUGUCUUACAAUACUAGCGGAGGCAGCAGCAGCAGCAGCAGCAGCAGGGAAAACUCCGUGUUUGGCGCUGCGGGCUACCCUCACCCAGCUGUUCUUCGUAGGACUCCAUUUGUCUUUGCGGACUCAUUGGGGCCUCAAAGGGCACUACAAAACUUUUCCUGGAUCAACUGCUGCUCUACAACUGCGGCAUGAGAUGCUGCACUGGGGUCGCGCCCUCUUCCUCUGCGGCCAACAGCAGCAGCAACAGCAGCAACAGCAACGCUGUUGUGCAGCAGAAAACGACUGUAGCACCGGCAACAAAGUGUGCUGUGCUCUGCAUGCACCAUUUUUUUGUGCCCCAGUGGCCGCAGCAGCAGCAGAUCUGUGGCUCCAAGUGGCAAUGCAAGCAGACAUUGACAGCAGCUCAGCAGGAGAGCUGUGGAAGCAUUUGCGGCAGCACAAGCAGCAGCAGCAGCAAAAGCAGCAGCAGAGGCUGUCUCACGUGCAACAGCAGCAGCAACAGCAGCGGCACAAAGAAGUUCUUUGUGCACUUCUGUAUACUGCAAGUACCCUCACGGGCCCCACACUAGACAGUCAUCUCUUCAAGGCCUGCAGCAGCAAAGCAGCAGCAACUGAAGCUGCCACUGCUCACGUACCUGGAGACGCGGCUGCGAGUUCGCUGCCCCGUCCUCUGUUGCUGUUGCUGCAGCAGCACCAGCAGCAACAGCUGAAGCAGCAAGAAGGGCUGUCACGAAGCCACACAGAGAGAAAGAUGCAGGAAGCAGCAGAUGCAUGCUCAUUAGCAGCAACAUUUGCUGCUGCAUCGUACCGAGCAGCGAGUGGAGGCAGCGCAUGCGAGGCGCUGCAGUGUCUUCAGGCCAUUUCGCCCAGCAACAGCAACAGCAGCAGCAGCAGCAGCAGCAGCGGUAGCAGCGGUAGCAGGAACCCGAGCAGGGCUGCUUCUGAAGGAAUGACACUUCUUAAGUGGAAAACCCUAAUCUUCGUUGUUGAGAGAUGGGCACAGACGUUUGCUUCCCGCUGCAGCAGCAACAACACCACAGCGAAUACAAGCAGCGUACGGUGUUUCAGUGCCUUGUGCAGCAACAGCUGCAGCAGCAGCCGCAGCAGCAACCGCUCCUCCUCUGCCUACACUCCAGAAGCCGCUGCAGUUGUAGAUGGGGCGACUGCAUUGCUGCUUCUGCUGCCUGCAUCUGUAAAGUGCUGUCCGCCUCAGCAGCAGCAGCAAAGAUGGAGUUUCGGGUGCAUGCAGCAACCACAGCAACUGCAACAGCAGCAGCGCUGGCUAUGUCACUUGGCCCCAGCAGCACUCGUCUCGUUGCUGCAGCAGCUUCUUGAUGCGGUCCCUGCAGCAGCUCAAAGUAGCCGGUUUGUGGGGGCCUUGUUGCAGGUGUUUUCGCGGAUUUUUGCAAGAGAAAGGCAGCAGCAGCAUCUAGAGCAGCAAGACAGACGUGUUUACGAGGACAGACGUCUGCAACAGCAAGAGCAGUAUGAAAUGCUACUCAAUUCUCUGCUGCAGCAGCUGCUGCAGCAGGUGCUACACUCCUGGGCUGUGGAGGGGGCUGCAGGUCCCGCGCUGUGCCUGUUUGGCUCCCUUUUACUAACGGACGUCAACCAGCAGCAACGGCAGCAGCAGCACGAGGAGGAGGCAGCAUCGGAAGGACUGCAGGCGGUGGAGGCAUACCUGUCAGAGCAGCAAGUUUGGUUGCUGACGCAUGAGUUGUUGUUGAUGGUCGUGGAGGCAGCAGCAGCAGCAAAGCGCCGCUCCGCGCUUGCUCGGGACGGUAUAGCUGCUGCGGCUACAGCUGCUGCAGCUGGCGAGUGGCGGCAACUGCAAUCGAAUGUAACGUCGCAGCUGCAGCGGUUGCAGCAGCUGCAACGGCUGCAGGGGCCACGCCCAAAACCCGCGCAGCAGCAACAGCCCUUGAGUGUUGCUGCUGCUGCACGUGCAACGCAGCAGCAGCUCCUGCAGAGGUGCUGGCAGCUGCUGCUGCGGGAGUCCUUCAGCAGUUCUGGGAAGUGUUUGGAAGCAGCUGCUGGUGCUGCUGCGCCUCUGCUGAUGCAUGCAAAGCGGCCCCAAGUGUUUCAGUCAGCUGCUGCUGUCCUUAGCGCCACUCGGCAGCUGCAACAGCUCCAUGUUAUGCUGCUGCAACAGCAAAAUGACAAACCCAUGCGGAUGUUUGCUAGCAGCGAUGGCAGCAUCCCUUUGUCUGCAUUAGCAGCUCCUGCUGUUGUGGAUGCGAGGCAGCAGCAGCUGUUGGCUGAGGAUUGCGACGCAGAGCAGCAGCAGCACGAAGCGGCAGAAAAGGCAGUAACAGCAGCAGCAGGGAAUGGUGCUACAGCUGAAGGCAACCUUACGGUGGAUCUCAGCAAGGACACCUCCUGGCAUCCACACAAAGCAGCAACAGCAGCUGCUGGAUUCGGAACAGCAGCAGCACUGGUGCUGCUAGCAGCAGAGCUGUGGGCUUCGGCACAGCUCACGUUGCAGCAACAAGAGCAGCUGCACCUGCCGUUGCUGCUCACCACGAGUAGCAGCAGCAGCGCUGCUGUGAAGCCUUAUCAACGCAACUGUGGGGAGCUGAAGCGGCGCUGUGUGGCUGCUGCAGCGGCGGCUGCUGCUGCCUUGAGGGAGGGCACGUUUCUGGCGCUGCAGCAGCAACAGCUGCUGCUGCAGCAGGUCGUCACCCUGGGCUUGCCAUGGUCUGUAGCAUGGCUGUGGGCGGAGAUGGUUGCUGCGGCUGUUUCUGCAGUUCGUGCUGUUGCACCGAAUCAGGUUGUGCUGCGUUACCCCUUUUGCGCGGCAGCAAGCACAACAAAUGCUGCAGCAGCAGCGGGAGCGACAAAUGGCUGGCCGUGGCUGCGAGCAUGUUGGGUGUCUGGAGCGCAGCAUGUGCUGCAGCAGCAGCAGCAUUUGUGCGCUGAUGGAGAGUGUUUGCUGCUGUUGCUGCAGCAGCAAGUCCCAGCAGCAGCGAUGAUUUCUACGUUUUCAAAUUCAGCACUUGACAGCCCAGUAGGACCCUCACCAGAUAUGCUUCUGCGCAUGCAGAGCCAGAAGCGACCUUCUGCUGCUGCAGUGUAUGGACCGCUUCUGUGCAUGCAGCAGCGGCGAGACGAGCUGCUGCAGCGCAUGGCGCAGCAACUAGAUCUGCCAGGGCUGUUGCUUCACAAGCAACAGCAGCUGCAGCAGCAGCAGCACAAGGUUGUGCAGCAGGGUCACCUGGCAUCAGGAGGGAGACGGGAGUCACUGGCUUCUCAGCUUCUGCUGCUGCUCCAACAGCAGCAGAUACUGCAGCAUCAACAAGGAAGCGCCAGGCGAACCUACGCAUCACUCCGCGGCAACUUGGAGAGUCUAGCGACUCAAAUGUGGGGUCGCUCGUCAGCAACAGCAGCAACAGACGAAGAAGCUGUUACAGCAGAAGAUGUAGAGUUGUACGAGCUCUUAGACGUGCCAGCAGAGGUUGCAUACAGCAGAGACACCAGCUGCUGCUGCGGCGGGCCGCCAACAGCAGCAGAAGCAACAUUGUCUUUGGCUUUCUCUCAGUUGCUGCUGUCGAAGUUUGCUGUUCGUAGCGGUGCUGCAAUCUUCCCGCAGCUCGGCUUAGAGCAGCUGCAGCGCAGCAGCAUUCUUGGGUGUCCUGCUGCUUCUGGACGCCUUGACAGCGCCUUGCUGCUCUUUACCGCUCUACGUUGUUGCCUUACAGCUACUUCCCUCUGCUGUUGCUGCUGCUGCGAAAAGCAUCACCAGCAGGAACUGAGAGAGCCCCACGAACACCAAGGCACACGCUGCUGCUUGCGUCUGCAGGACCGCAGCAGGGUGCAGCAAUUACUGCUGCAGUGCAAUGGCACAUUUGCUGCGGAGCAGCAAGCGCUGCUGCGGGGGAGGGGAGCGGUCUCUCCUGUUCAUCUUCAGCAGCUUCUUGUGCUCCGGUGUACGUACACUGCAGUUUGCUGCUUCCUUGAGCGCGCAUCUAAGGAUUAUUGGCUGCGGCCUUGUGAUUGUGCUGACGUCAAAAUUGCAGCAGAAGCUGGAGCAACAGCAGCAGCUGCUGCAGUACCUGGUAGCAGCAACAAAGGCAGCAGCAGCAUCAACAGCGCGUGCUUCUGUUUCCCCAAGCAACGUUUGGCAUCGCUUGCUGAGUCUAUAGCUUUCGUCGCAGACAUGUUGGAGCCUGCUGCACUUAGCAGCAACAGCAACAGCAACAGCAGCAGCCUUUCGUGCUGCUCAAGUGCGGCUGCCCUUUGCAGCGCCAUCUGCUGCACAGCGCCCAAGGGGAUUCGGAAGUGCUGUAGCAGCAGCUGCAGCGGCAGCAAGCGCCUCGUACAGCAGCAGCAGCUGCCCCCGUCCCCUGCAGUAAUAAGCAGCAACACCACCUUCUCCUGCAACUGCAGGAGAGUGUGCGUUGUUAAACGGGAAGCUCCUGCUUCUGCAGCGCUGCUUCGUCUGCUGCUUCUUGAUGAGAUCGAGCGCCUGGUGGCUGCGUUUUGUUACAUUGUACCCCAAAAUGCAGCUGACGCGGCAGCAGCAGCAGAGGCCACAGCAGCAUUAGCUGCUGCUGCUGCUGCUGCAGUGGAGGCAAGGGCAGCGGCAGCUGCUCACACUAGCACCAACAGCAACAGCACCAGCAACACCAGCAGCUACAACAACAGCAGGCCGUUGGCGCGUGUGAGGGUGCACCGAAUGGCUGUUCUGGAGCUCGUAGCGUCUGCAGCAGCAGAAGCAGCUGUCUCUGCUGCAGCAGCAGUUCAAUGGCCUGCUGGUGCAACGGCCCCCCACCGGGAUUUGUUGCAGCUCCGGCGUUUGCUCCAGCAGCAGCCCCCCUCUGCAGCAGUGUCGCGACGCAGCAGCCGAUGCUCUCAAUCGGAAAAGCACCAGAAGGAGGGGCAUAAGAAUGGUAGCGAGCCAGACACAGAGGCCGCAGGAGCAGCAGGAGGCACGAGCGCUGCAGCAGCAGCAACAGCGGCACGUCUGCUGCAGCAUGCGCCUCUAUCUCUUGUUGCCUCUACGUCGAUGCGGCUGCAGGCUGUUCCUGUCUUCUCUACUGCAAUAUGGAGUUGUGGUGCUCUUGCAGCAGCAGCAACGGACCCGUUGCUAGCUGUUAGGGAGCUUCUGCUGCUGCAGCAGCAAACGCCUGCCGAAGGGGCAUCCGCGCUGUGGCGCCUGCUGCUACUGUUUCUGCAACAAGAAGUAAUGAGCUGCCUGCGCUCUUCGCUUCCCUCCAGCAACUGGUUUGUCGGUGGUGCUGCUGCAGAGACACCUCAUUUAUCUCAGCAGCACAGUCAGAAGCAGCAACAGCAGCAGUUGAUGCUGCCGCUGCCCAUGCUGGGGAUGGUAAUCCGCUGUCUCCUCUACUGCAGCAGCUCUUUGCCGGUACACGGAUUACUGUUGCUUCUGGAGCAGAACACAGCAACAACGGUGGCUGCAGCUUGCUGCGUCAGCAGCAGUAGCUGCAGCAACAACAGCACCACCAGCAACAACAGCACCAUCAGCAACAGCAGCAACAGCAGCAACGGCAACAAGCACCACACUGGAGAAGUCUCCGCUGGUGUAAGUGAAGCUGCUGCUGUUGGUCCGAUUCGAAUUCUGCGAGCAGCAGCUUGCCAGGUUCUGAUGCUCAGCAGCAGCAGCACCACGAGCAGCACCAGCAGCGUGCCAGUAACGCCGCACCAGAACCUCUUUUCCUUCCUCCAACCGCAGUUGCUGCAGGCCCUUCGUGUAGAUCCAGGUAGAGCUCUCGAAGGGGCCUUCAUUGCAGAUUUCUGUCAGCAGCAGCAGCAGCAGCAGCAAGGGGAGGAAUAUGGAGGCCGCAGCAGCAAGUGCACAUACCGCCAGCUCUCUUUAGUCAUGCAGCUUGACUCUGCUUCCAAUCUAGAUGACAGUGACCCUCUUGCUACUAAGUCCAAGCAACUGCGGGCUGAACUGUUUCGUUUGAUGAGUACGGACGCGCGGGAUUUCUUAGAGAGUCAGGUGCAGUACUGGAAGGCUAUAAUAGGCUUGAGCGGGCGCGCAGUGGGUCUUCCCCCUUCUGCAAGGAAGGCUUUCUUCGUGCAGCAGAUAGAAGAGCUGCAGAGGUCGUCUCCUUGCGAGGGCUUCUGGUUGCUGACGGAGCCCCUGAGAGUGCAGCAGGCGCUGCCUGAGUCGGCCACCGCCAUGCAAUCUGCAGCCAAGGCCCCCUUUCUGCUUUCCUUUGAGGCUUUUGGAGGCGGCAGACGCCCCGCUUGCAUCUUCAAGCUGCUUGAUGAUCUCCAGCAGGACGCCUUAGCAGUUCAGGCAACGCGAAUGUGCCUAUCGGUCCUUGCGUCUGCCGGGGAGUCAUCAUGGCUGCGACCGUAUGGUGUCACAGCUGUUAUCCAGAGGGCAGAAGCAGCACAGCAGCACCACCACCACCCAUGUGACAGCAGCAGCAGUGAUGAGGGUCUUAUUCCUGGUUCGGCAUGCUCCUCGGCAGCAGCAGCUGGAGUGGAACCAGCAGCAGCAGCAGCUAGCAGUAGCAACAACAGAAAGACUCUCUCCCCAGCUCCCCACGGAGUUGCCUCCGACUCCUCCUCUGCUGUGGAAGGCUCUUCAAGCUCCCCGGCAGCAGCAACCAUAGCAAGGGGGCGAAAGGCUGGCUGCCAGCUCGGUGGGGCAGUCUCUGUUGUAGAAAGUGCAUUAAGUCGUCAUCAAAUCGGGAAGACUUUCGGCUGCUCCCUUGUUGAGUUCUUUGCCCUGACAUUCCCCAAAGAAAACAGCAGCACCAGCAGCAGCACCAGCAGGCGCAGCAGCCUCCGAAACAUGCACAAUCUGCCACUGGCGGUUAACGGCAAUCCUCAUUCCAGCCAUGGUGCAGCAACAGCAGGAGGCAAUCGAUGCUUUGGAGAGGGGAGGGCUACUGGACCCCACCAACUGAGAGGCAGCAACGACAGCGAUACGGAAGAAACCCAACAGGAGCAGCUGCAGCAGCACCAGCAGUUAGUACAGCAGCGUGUGGGAACCCAGCAGCAGCAACAACAGCAAGAUGAAGUGCUGCUAAGCGGAAGGUCCCACCGCAUUUCCUUCGAGAACGCCACGCAGAACUUCGCCGACUCCUUAGCUGCCUACGCUGUCCUCAGCUACCUGUUGCAGGUGAAGGAUAGGCACAACGGAAACGUGCUGCUAUCGGUCCAGUCAGGGCGUUUGCUGCACAUAGACUUUGGGUUUAUGCUGGCUCUGUCCCCUGGAGGCGACAUGGCAUUUGAAAGAGCUCCAUUUAAACUUACUGCAGAGAUGUAUGCACUCCUCGGCAAAGAACAAAGCCCGCAGUUCCGCUCUUUCGUCAACAAAUGCGUCAGAGGAUUCCUUGUCCUUCGCGAGCGAGCGGACGACUUCAUAUCACUCUUCGAGGCCAUGCAGUUCUCUCGCAUCGCCUGUUUCAAACCUUUCGCGGUGGACCAUCUCAGGGCUCGCUUCCAGUUGCAUCUGUCCCCCUUGCAAGCAGCGGCGUUCAUGGAAACGAAAAUAUGGGAGGCGCUCCAGUCCCUCACCACGAGGGCAUAUGACCUCGUGCAGCACUUGCAGCAGGGUAUUCAGCACUAA